AUGUGCCAACUCUGCAUUCUCAACACCAUAUCGCAAAGCUCACGCUGGCCCAAGCCGCUGGAGUCACUCAUCACAGACUUGGGCCUUCUCGUCAGCACCGCACACGCCGAACUCCAUGCCCACCAAACCCGUGCCGCUUCCACAGCUCAAAACACCAAGCCAUCACCCACAUCAACCCCAUCGACAAUCACAANNUCACCAAAAAAAGCCCAUCCACGCAAAAACACUUCCCUGCUGACCACCCUCCGCGACAUCAAGACCGUACUCGAGUUGCUUGAAGACGAAAGAGCGGAUUGGUGGACCAACAAAGCAAGUGAGAGAAAGCAUUGGAGGGAAUCCCAUCAAGAAGACAAGAUUAGAAAGAUCAAUGUGGUCAAUAAUAAGACCGUGGAGAUGAUUGAAGGGUGCAAGGCUAGAUUGGGCACGUUUUGUCGUUGGGGGUUAGGGAUUGAGGAGGGGGUUGAGGGACUUGAUGGGGUUGAGGAGGAGUUGAAGGAGGUGAAGACGGAGGAGGUCAAGGCGGGGGAUAUCAAGACAGAGGAGACUGAGGGACAGAGCUCGUGA